CAGAUCCGGCGGGCGGAGCCGCGGCUGGGCCGGGCUGGCACCGGCGGGGUCCGGCUCCUCCCGGUACCGGACCGAGGGGUUCCGCUUAGCCCGGUACCAGACCGAGGGGUCACGCUUCUCCCCGGUACCGGACCGAGGCACCCCGCUUCUCCCCGGUACCGGGCCAAGAGACCCCGCUCCUCCCCGGUACCGGACCGAGGGGUUCCUCUCUGCCCCGGUACCGGACCGAGGCACCCUGCUCCGCCCCGGUACCGGACCGAGGGGUCCCGCUCCUCCCCGGUACCGGACCGAGGGGUUCCUCUCCGCCCCGGUACCGGACCGAGGCACCCUGCUCCGCCCCGGUACCGGACCGAGGGGUCCCGCUCCGCCCCGGUACCGGACCGAGGGGUCCCGCUCCGCCCGGGGUCCCGGCCAUGCCGCGGUCCCGCUGCCCGCUGCCCGCGCUGCCGAUCCUGCGCUGGCUCCCGCGCUAUUCCCGGGCGUGGCUGCCGCUGGACCUGCUGGCCGGGCUGGCCGUGGGACUGACCACCGUGCCCCAGGCGCUGGCCUACGCCGAGCUGGCCGGGCUGCCGCUGCAGUACGGCCUCUAUUCCUCCUUCAUGGGCUGCUUCGUCUACUGCUUGCUGGGCACGGCCAAGGACGUGACGCUGGGUCCCACGGCCAUCAUGUCCCUGCUGGUGUCCUCGUACGCCUGCCACGAGCCCGUCCAUGCCGUCCUCCUGGCCUUCCUGUCUGGCUGUAUCCAGCUGGCCAUGGGGCUCCUGCACCUCGGAUUCCUUCUGGAUUUCAUCUCCUGCCCUGUCAUUAAAGGGUUUACAUCAGCUGCUUCCAUCACCAUUAGCUUCAGCCAGAUCAAGAACAUCCUGGGGCUGCAGGGGAUCCCGAGGCAGUUCUUCCUGCAGGUCUAUGAGACGCUGCGGAGGAUCGGGGAGACCAGGGCUGGGGACGCUGUGCUGGGGCUCAGCUGCCUGGCUGUGCUGGCAGGGCUGCGGGCCAUGAAGAGCCACCUGCCCCGAGCUGGCCCUGCAGGAGCACUGGCUGUCAGGAUCAGCCACCUGAUUGUCUGGAUCUCUGGCACGGCACGCAACGCUCUGGUGGUGCUGUUUGCUGGCCUGGUGGCUUACUCCUUCCAGGUGAUGGGGUCCCAGCCCUUCGGGCUCACGGGCAGCAUCCCCCAGGGCCUCCCGCCGCUGCGGCUGCCGCGCUUCUCCCUGGCAGCGCCCAACGGCACCGUGCCCUUCCAGAGCAUGCUGCAGGACAUGGGGGUCGGGCUGGCCGUGGUGCCGCUCAUGGGGCUGCUGGAGACCGUCGCCAUCGCCAAGGCUUUCGCCUCUCAGAAUGGUUACAGGAUUGACCCCAACCAGGAGCUGCUGGCUCUGGGCGUUGCCAAUGUCCUGGGCUCCUUCGUGUCCUCGUAUCCCAUCACGGGCAGCUUCGGCCGGACGGCGGUGAAUGCUCAGUCAGGGGUGUGCACCCCCGCGGGAGGGCUGGUCACAGGUGCCCUGGUCCUGCUGUCCCUGGCGUACCUCACCUCUCUCUUCUACUACAUCCCCAAAGCGGCGCUGGCCGCCGUCAUCAUCUCGGCCGUGGUUCCCAUGUUCGACGCUGCAAUCUUCCGCACGCUCUGGAGGGUUAAGAGGCUGGACCUUGUGCCCCUCUGUGUGACAUUCCUGCUCUGCUUCUGGGAGGUUCAGUACGGAAUCGUGGCUGGGGUGCUGGUUUCUGGGAUUCUCCUGCUCUACUCCAUUGCCAGGCCCCCAAUAAAGGUGUCAGAGGGAGCCGUGCUGCUGGUGCAGCCAGGGAGCAGCCUGCACUUCCCAGCCGUGGAGCACCUGCAGGACUGCGUGUGCAGCCGUGCCCUGGCAGCAUCUCCAGCUCGCUCUGUGGUCCUGGACUGCAGCCACGUCAGCAGCAUUGAUUACACAGCAGUGCUGGGGCUGGCAGAGCUGCAGCAGGAGCUGCACAGGCACGGCCUCUCGCUGGCCUUCUGUGGCCUGAAGGACCCUGUUCUCCAAGUCCUCCUGUCUGCAGACUUAGAAGGAUUCCAGCAUUUCCCCAGCUGGGAGGAGGCAGGGCGGUGUGGGGGAGCAGAGCUGGGGGACAGCAGGGCAGAGCCCUUCAGCAGCACUGCCGAGAGCUCUGGGCUCAUCUAGUGAGACGAGGAACGUCCUGUGACGCCCCAGGGACACCCCAGGGACACCCCAGGGACACCAACACACGCCGUGGGAGCUGCCUGCCCCAGCCAGGCCUGGGCAGGGGGGGCUGUCCCCAUGUCCCACACCGAGGGACUGUCCCCAUGUCCCACACUGAGAGAGACAGAGCAGCACCAGCCCCACCCCACACGGGCUGUGGGGCAAAACUGUUCCCUGUCACAGUGACUGGUGCAAAGCCAUCUUCCUCCAGGGAGCUGCUGUCAUUUUUUAAACACUUGUUUUAAUUCUGGGUUUUCCCUGUUCUGGGUCACUGCAGUGGUGACACAGGGUGUGCUGUCCCUGACACAGUCAAAGCUGCUUCAGGGCUGCUCGUGCUGCCCUUUGGGCGGCCAUGGAGGCUCAGCCUCCAGCUGCUGGGAGAGGGAAAACCUCUGGGAUUGUGCUCCUUACUGGUUUUUAUCCUUUUUUAUCCUUACCUUGUGUGGGGGGUGUUGUGCCAAACACUGCCCUGGGUCAGGGCUGGGCUGUCACCCUGGGGAGCAGCCCCUGGCCUGGGCCCUGCCCAGGGGACAGGCAGGUGACACCCAGCUGUGCCCAGCUGUGCCCAGCUGUGGAUGGGCACAGCGCCUGGUGGGGCUGGGCAGGGUUUCCCUGAAAUUCAGUUUCCCUGAACAGCCCUCGGCCGACAGCAAGGGUGUAAUAAAUCAGAAAUUGCUAAUGA